AUGAUACAAGCAGCAAAGAUCCUUGAACAACGGAGUCAUCUGGUGCCUGGCAAGCUCAAGAUAACCGAGCACUUCUUCCAAGUACCCCGUGACCACAGCAACCCAUCAGCCGGCCACAUCCAACUCUUCGCGCGCUCAGCGCUCAAAGCCGAGAAACCAGCAGACUACCCCCGCAGCGGAGAACCAGACGCAAAGAAAUCCCAACUCCCAUGGCUUGUCUACCUACAAGGCGGGCCGGGCUUCGAGUGCCGCAGCCCCCAGCAAGUAUCCUGGACGCACACCAUCCUCGACAAGGGAUACCAAGUCCUGAUGCUCGACCAGCGCGGCACGGGACUCUCAACAGCAAUCAGCCAGAGUAGUCUGCAGCUCCGAGGCGAUGAGAGAGUGCAGGCGCAGUAUAUGAAGAGUUUCCGCGCGGAUAGCAUUGUGAAGGAUUGUGAGGCGGUGCGCAAGGCACUUACGGCAGAUUACCCCGAGGAGAAGAAGAAGUGGAGCGUGUUGGGACAGAGUUUCGGCGGUUUCUGCGCUACGACGUAUCUCUCGUUCUACCCAGAGGGUUUGAAGGAAGUCUUCAUGUUCGGUGGCUUGCCGCCGCUCCGCAGUAAUCCAGAUGAGGUGUACGAGAGACUGUACAAGCGCGUCAAACAACGGAAUGAGGGUUAUUAUGCAAAGUACCCAGAGGAUAUCGCCCGCGUACAUCGCAUCACCAAGCUACUGUCUCGUUUUGGCGACACCACAGUCCGCGUGCAGGGCGGCGAAGGCCAUCUCAGCGCUCGCCGCUUCCUCCAACUAGGCAUCUUCUUCGGCAAGCAUGGCGGGUUCGACCAAGUGCACGAGCUGGUCCUGCGCGCAGACACGGAUCUUUCCCAAUUCGGACACCUGACCCGCCCGACGGUACUCGCACUAGAAGCAGCCCAGAGCUGGGAUUCAAACGUGAUAUACGCAUUACUGCACGAGCCAAUCUACUGCCAGGGAGAAGCAGCGCGGUGGUCAGCCGAGCGACUGCUGGAGAAGUUCCCUGAGUUCUCAAUCGAGAAUACAGCAGACGACCAGCCUAUCUUCUUCACAGGCGAGAUGAUCUACCCGUUCAUGUUCGAGUCGUACUCUGAGCUCGCUAAGCUCAAGACAGUUGGGCAUAUGCUGGCCGAGGAGACUGACUGGCCUAAACUCUACGACGAGGAGCAGCUCAAGAAGAACGAGGUACCCACUUAUGCAGCCGUGUAUUUGAACGACAUGUACGUCGACUUCGACCUGAGUAUGGAGACGGCGCGGACGAUCAAGGGGUGCAAGCCGUUUGUCACGAAUUCCAUGUAUCACAACGCAAUAGGGGCGAAGACAGACGAUGUUCUAAAGGAGAUCUUCGCGUUGAGGGAUGAUGUCAUUGAUUGA